AAUUUGAAGUGAGAAAAUUCCUCAUACUAUAUUAAUAUUCUUUUGUCUCUCUUGCAAGUCUUCUAUUGCUAUAAAUAACCAUAUCCCACCAUCACUUCAUUCCAACACAUCAUCAUUCAAAUUGCCCCUUCUUAUUCUUAUACAUAUAUUUUGCAGUGUGUUUUGUUUUAUCUACUAUAACAUAUAUAAUUGCCUUCAAAAGUCUCCGGUUAUCAUAUACAGCUAGAAAAUGAUGAAGCUCAUCGCAGUAUUGUUGCUUGUGGUGUUUACCACCUUCACCACAUCAGAUCCUGAUAAUCUUCAAGACCUCUGUGUUGCAGACCUUGCUUCCGCGAUUCUCGUGAAUGGAUUCACCUGCAAACCAGCUACAAACGUAACCGCGGCCGAUUUCUCCUCCAACAUACUAGCCAAACCAGGUGCAACAAACAACACAUUUGGUUCCUUAGUAACAGCAGCCAAUGUUCAAAAAAUCCCGGGACUAAACACACUUGGUGUGUCAUUAGCAAGAAUUGAUUACGCACCAGGGGGAAUUAACCCACCUCACACUCAUCCACGUGCAACAGAGAUUGUUUUUGUUCUUGAAGGUCAAUUAGAUGUUGGAUUCAUAACAACAGCUAAUGUUUUGAUAUCAAAAACUAUUGUUAAGGGUGAAACAUUUGUGUUUCCUAAAGGAUUGGUUCAUUUCCAAAAGAACAAUAAUGGUUAUGAAGCUGCUUCAGUGAUUUCAGCAUUUAAUAGUCAAUUGCAAGGGACAGUGAAUGUUCCUCUUACAUUGUUUGCUGCUACACCACCUGUUGCAGAUCAUGUGUUGGCUCAAACAUUCCAAAUUGGCACUAAAGAAGUUCAGAAAAUUAAGGCUAAGCUUGCACCCAAGAAAUAGUUUGAUCAACAAACAAUUGAUGUGAUGGUUAUUUGUAUUUUUUUUUUAAAAAAAUAAUUUGUGUCCUCUAGUUUUAUUUAACUUUGUUGAUUUACAAUUCAUGUUUUGAAUUCAUAAAACAAUUGGGGCAUGUUCAAUAUCCAUUUUCCUUUUGGAUAAUUGACCUUUGAAUGAUCCCUAAUGCGUGCUUGUAAUUUUUUUUAAUAAAAUGUGCAUGUUAUUUUUGCAA